AGAAAUGGCAGCGAAGAACAGAAACGGCUUGCCAUGAACGUGGAGUUCUUACUAUUAUUUGGAGUUCGCUUACGUGUAUUAAUUGUACUUUCAUCAAAUGUAAUCUUGUUUAUGGCACUCAAAAUUUUAAGUGAGACUGUGUAAUGUUUGUCUUGCAUGAGACUAAUUCCACGUACAUUGUACUGCACUUGGUGUAAAAAGUUGAUUCUGAUUUACACAUUCAUAUUCCAUCACCCUGGAAAUGUAAGGACACAUGCACAUCCCUCAGUAAGGAUCAAAGGAACUGAGCAAAUCUACAAUCCAGUUCUGUGCCAGGAUGAGAAAUGUGCUGCCAGGGCUAAGGGCAGCCACAUGCACUGUCCCUUCUGCAAUGUUGCCGAGGCGUACCAGGACCCGGUGAUCUUGCAGGCCCAUUACAGAGUCAAACAUGUAGACAAGGGCAUUGAUUUUUCUGGCUUAAAAGUGCUGCGGUGUUGCAACCACUGUGAGAUUGUUGGCACAAUUAAAGGUGAGAAGAAGUUCAAAGGGGCCCACUGGCACUGUUACCGGUGCCGAAAUGGCUUCAACCGCAGGGAUGAGGCCGUCAAGCAUUACAAAACCCACUUCCGCAACCCACACACCACCUUUCAGAUCCAGAUCACCCAGGAGGUGAACAACCGGCAGUAUUAUGAACAGAACGCAGAGGCACAUCCAAAGGCUUACGGUGGCCUGGCGAUCUCCCCCGGCACCAAUGGGGAGUGCUGCACCAUUGGUUCAAUGCUGGCUCAGACUGUAAUUAACACGUCAACAAGUGCAGAAUCCCUUCUCAGAGAGGUGCACAAGGACAGCAGUGUGAACAAUGGGAUGAUGGUGGGAGCCGAGGAGACGGUGGGGCCUUCCCAGCAGGCCUCAGGUCGUGAGACACUGGUACUGAUGAAUCCCAGUGGGGAGAACGACAGUCUGGUAUUCGAAGAAACAUCCAGCAUCAUUGCCGAGCAGGGUGGGGAGAACCUGGAGCAGAAUCUGCUGCUGGAGCGGCAGCUUCUGGAACUACAUCAGCAGAACCAGGCGCUGCAGCAAGAGAAGGACCUCAUGGAGAAGAAGCUGCAGGCUGAGAUCCAGCAGCUGAAAGACCAUAUGGUCAGUCUGGUGCAGGCGAAUGUAAAAAUGUUUGAAGAGCUGCAGUUAUACCGCAGUGUCGAAGGGAGUGAGGAGAAGAUCACUAAGCUUGUAGAAAGCCUGGAGGCCCAGCACCACGAACUGCUCCAGACCCAGCUAGCCACCCUCAAGAAGGAGAUUCUGCAGCAGCACAAUGGGCUGACGGUCAAUGGGCACACAGGGGAGCACCUUGGCCUUCCUGUCGAGUGCCAUGGGGCGACGGGGGCCCUGGCUGUGUCUUUUCUGAACACAGAGCCGUCCGAGGAGCAGGGGGGGGGUGCGCUCACAGGAAUUGAACUUGUGGAGGUGCAGCUGGGACCGGAGCAGGUGCAGCCUGCAGCUAAGACUGCAGACCUAGUUCCUGCCACCAGUCCUGUCUGCCCUGCAAAGCUGGCCCCGGAGCAGCAGGUGGUGCUGUCUCCCACGAAGCGCUUGUCUGACGCUGUGCAUGAAGGCGAGGCCAAAAACAAACUGGCACGCACAACCUGACUUCUGGGCGUGCCUUCAUCCUCCAUUUCUCCUCAUGGGUGCAGAUCUGUUAAGAUUUGUCUUUGUCUGCCUCUUAAGGAUACCAAUGCUGAACUGAUGGCGGAAGCGCUCUGGAGAUCUGCGUAUGACUGUUGGGGGGGGGGCUCUCUCCCACACUGAGCAAACUGCUCUGUACCAGGGUACUGCUCUUUGGACACUUUUUAUACCUGCUAGUAUAGUUUUGUAAGCACAAUGGUUCAUGCUGUAUUAAAGACAUUUCCUGGACCGGAACCAAAUUAUUUAUGUCACUGUAUUUUAAUUGUAAUACUAAAAAUGUUAGCCUUACACUCUUCCUCUCUUCCAAAUUAUACAUGUUAUUAGAAGUUCCACUGAGCUAGGAAGGGUCAUCACUACUGUUUUACUAAUAAAUCCUCUUAAGCAGUCUGA